AUGGGCUCGCAUGAUACGAUGAGAGAUGGGACCUUACACCACAAAACCCAGGGCGAAGUCACAACGCUCCGGUUUCUCCGCCGAGAGACAAAUAUCCCAGUGCCCGAAGUGAUUGCAUUCGACGACUCAUGCAACAAUGAGAUAGGGUUUGAAUGGAUCUUGAUGGAAUUAAUGCCUGGUGUCUCGGCAUAUAAGAGAUGGCGGACAUCGACCACCUUCCAAAAAGUGGCUCUUGUCCAGAAUAUAGCCGAGUUACAAGCACAACUCUUCUUUCAUACAUUUUCUGGUAUUAGACCCCUGACUGUUGGUGACGAAGAUCAGCAAAAAGUACACCCAGGAGAGAUGAUCAGAACUGCAGCUAAAGAAGAGGCCGAAGACGAGUGGGAUGAGGAAGAGGCUGCAUACACCCUAGAGCUUGCUCAUAGACUGGUUGAUCUACUUCCUAAGAUAUUCCCUUCACUCCAGAGUCCGCCCGAACGAUCAGUGAUGUUGCACGAAGAUCUGUUGCUCAAGCCCCAAUCUCUAAUGGGCUCAGUUCGAGAGGAAGAGCUAAAGCGACAAGACUAUGGGAACGAAAGCGACGACGAGGAAUAUGAGCUAAGGGGAAACGAAGAUGAUGACCUAGACAAUGAAGGCAAAUGCGAACUGUAUUCGGUUAACCUGAUGGAAUACGAAAACCCUCAAUUGAGACGAGUGUGCCGCGCACACAUGCGCAAAUUACGACCAGACUGGGAUACCGAGAUCGAACAAAAUGCGCUAAAACAUGAUUUCAUUGGAGCAGUUUUCCGAUGUGGGAAUGGGAUUACUCUUCAAAAAAUCGAUCAACGGGUUGAAGCGAUAGAAAAGGGUCAAUUUCUUAGACUGAGAGAUAUUCUGGAGGCAGGCUUGAGGGUGUAG